AUGAAGCGUCCGCCCGUACCGCAGCCCCAGCCGCAGCCUCCGCCACCUUCCCUUCCCUCCUCGCAGCAAGCGUUAUCGCUGGUCGGCGGCGGCGCCCCGACCGCCUCGCAGCAGGGCCUCGUCGGGGUGGACGAAGCCCUCUCGGUGUUGAUGGCCGGCCGGGCGUCCGCUUCGGCGGCGGGCGCCACCCCCGGAACCGCAGCAGCCGCUGGCAACGGGGGCCCCCAGACACCCGAUGGCCAGUCGCUCUACAGCCACCUGUACGGCAAGGAGAUGGGCCUGAUGCGCAAACUGUCCUCGAUCGACGACUACUCGGCGGUGGCCGCAGCCGCCGCUGCCGGCCAUCCACCGAACGCGGCGUCCUCGGCCGCCCUACGCAACUAUCAGCAGCUGCUCCAAUCGGAAGGCGUCCUGUCCACGCUCCACCAUCAGCAACAGUUGCACAACCAACCCCAGCAACAUCAGCACGGCUCGAAUUACAAUUCCGCCAGCGGCCAAGCGCUUCACGCCAAAUACGGUGGCGCCAACGGUGGGGUCACUCCGUUCAACGGUUACCCGCAGGCUGGCGGCGGAUUGCUGAAGCCCUGCUAUGACUACGGAACGCCGGCAGCCGCGCAGCACCACCAGCAGCAGAUGCAACCGCCGAACGCACCGCCCAACGGCACGCAGAUUAAGAAGGAGCUUUCGUUCGGCGACCUCUACACGCCACCCUUGACACCGUCGUCGAUCGGAAGCGGUGGAAGCUCGGCCGGCGGCAGUUCACAGCCAUCGACGGCUGCCACCACCACCACCACGCCGACGGUCGUGUCGACGGCCCUCGCCUUCAUGAACAAUCUGCAUGCGACCGGCUACGGUGAUUCCAGCAGCGCCGAUGGCAACAGUUGUAUGCGCGGGUCGAAGCAAGCCCCGGGGGCGACGGAUCCGACGGCCGCCGCCAUGCUGUCGAUGGCGGCCGCUGCCCGUGGAAGCUCAAUUAUGAAUAGUCUGGCCAACGGCAACGGUGCUGGAGUCAACAGCAAACACGAACCAAACAGUGGCGUUGACGCGGCGAGUGGCGAUCCUUCGGCGGGCGGCCACCUCCACCAGCAUCACCAUCAGUCGCUGGGACACAACCAUCAACAUCACCACCACCAUCAUCAGCAACAUAUGCACAAUCACCAAAUGCAACUGCAGCCGCACCUUCACCCGCAUCACCCCAGCCUUAAUCCUAGCGCGUCGGCGUCGGUCACUAGCGUCGCUAGCGCGAGCACCACGACCGUCAACGGUGGUGCACCCGGAGGCGGGUCCAACGGUGGCGGUGGGUCGUCCAACGCGAACGAUCCCGACGAACCGGACAAGCUGUCGUCGCCGCUGACUGGCACCUCGACGCUCACGUCCGAGCUGCACGAUCACGACAACGAUAGCAACGAGGACGGGUACACGAUCCUCUAA